CCUCCUCCUCCUCCUGCUCCUCCUGCUGCUCCUGCUCCUCCUGCAGACAUGAGGAGUCUCCUCCUGGUGGUUUUUGCAGCUUUAGCGCUGAGCGGAGACGCUUUGAUCCGAAUUCCUCUGAAGAAAUUCCGUUCCAUCAGACGCGAGCUGACGGACUCGGGGAGACGAGUGGAGGAGCUGGUUGCUGACAAACACUCCCUCAAGUACAACACUGGCUUCCCCUCCAGUACCGGGCCCACUCCAGAGACCCUGAAGAACUACCUCGAUGCUCAGUAUUAUGGAGACAUCGCCCUGGGAACCCCCCCUCAGACGUUCAGUGUGGUGUUUGACACGGGUUCCUCCAACCUGUGGGUUCCCUCCAUUCACUGCUCCAUCUUAGACAUCGCAUGCUUGCUUCACCACAAAUAUAACUCCGCCAAGUCCAGCACAUACGUGAAGAACGGCACCGCCUUCGCCAUCCAGUAUGGAUCUGGCAGCUUGUCGGGCUUCCUCAGUCAGGACACGUGCACAAUCGGCGACUUGACCGUAGAAAAGCAGGUUUUCGGAGAAGCCACCAAACAGCCUGGCGUGGCUUUUAUCGCAGCCAAGUUUGACGGGAUCCUCGGCAUGGCCUACCCACGCAUCUCUGUGGACGGCGUGGCUCCGGUCUUUGACAACAUCAUGAGCCAGAAGAAGGUGGACGAGAACGUCUUCUCCUUCUACCUGAACAGGAACCCAGACAUGGUGCCCGGCGGCGAGCUGCUGCUGGGAGGAACCGACCCAAAGUACUACACUGGUGACUUCAACUACGUUAACGUCACCCGGCAGGCGUACUGGCAGAUCCACAUGGACGGGAUGGGCGUGGGCAGCCAGCUGACUCUGUGUAAGGACGGCUGCGAGGCCAUCGUGGACACGGGGACGUCUCUGAUCACCGGCCCCGCCGCCGAGGUCAAGGCGCUGCAGAAAGCCAUCGGAGCCAUUCCACUCAUCCAGGGAGAGUACAUGGUGAGCUGUGACAAGAUCCCCACGCUGCCCGUCAUCACCUUCAACCUGAGUGGACAGAGCUACAGUCUGACUGGAGACCAGUACGUCCUCAAGGUCACUCAGGCUGGAAAGGUGAUUUGUCUGAGCGGCUUCAUGGGCCUGGACAUCCCCGCCCCCGCCGGGCCCCUGUGGAUUCUGGGAGAUGUUUUCAUCGGCCAGUACUACACUGUGUUCGACAGAGACAACAACAGGGUGGGCUUUGCCAAGUCCAAGUAAGAACAACGCUAAAAGUCCGAAAGAUGAAUAUUUGAGCUGCACACGUUUUCCGUUGCUUUGCAAUCAAACCGUCUUUAGCAAUAGGUUUUGUGUGGCGUGUAAACGCACUGAUCCAGCAGCGUGUGAAGCAGAUGGAGAGAUGAUGCUUGUGUGAUGUGUCAGAUCCGGGAUCAGCUGAUUGUAUCGGUACUGCUCAGAAUAUUGAGCCCUUACUUUUUAAAUCAGGGAUUUGUUUUAAACUUUUAAUUUGGAUUUUAGGAGGAAGUUUUCGACUACUGACAUUGUGAUGAUUCUUAAUGUGAUUUGGCCUCAAUAAACACUUUUAAAACAUC